UGAUAUAAAAAAACAAUGAUUCGAGGCAUCUCUGAGAUCGCAGCGAUGGGUGUUGGACUGGUUGGGCUGAUCGGUGCCUCUGCUACGACCGGCUUGCCUAUGUGGAAGGUCACCGCUUUCAUUGGAGCAAACAUCAUUGUGAUGGAGACGCGCUGGGAGGGCUUGUGGAUGAACUGCUACAGACAGGCAAACAUCAGGAUGCAGUGUAAGGUGUAUGACUCCUUGUUGUAUCUGCCCCCUGACCUGCAAGCUGCCAGGGGUUUGAUGUGCUGUUCUGUAGCCUUGUCAGGGUUAGGGCUCUUGGUAGCUUUAGCAGGGAUGAAAUGCACUUCCUGCUUUCAAGGUAGCAAAUGGGCUAAAACAAUUAUUCUAAUGGUUGCUGGAGCAAUGCAGUUCAUGGCCUGUAUUUGUGUUUUUAUACCGGUGUCAUGGACUGGUCAUGUCAUUAUUAGUGAUUUUUACAAUCCACUGCUGAUUGAUGCCGAGAGGAGAGAGCUGGGAGAAGCUCUUUAUAUCGGUUGGGUGACUGGAGCCUUACUUUUUGCCUCAGCUUUACUGUUUAUCUGUAGACGGAUACCCUCAGAAAGAGGAUCAUUUGAUGUUCAUCCGCCACUUAAACUGCUGAAUUACAGGACAGAGGCGGAGAGACCUGCAAUGACAAGAUAUCACCCCAUCUCCAGCGUUCCAAGCAUCCAGUCAAAUGCACAACAAAGUUCUUUUCACAGCAACAGCUUGGUUGGGCAACAACAUUUUUUCCCACCACAAAAUGUCAAUCAAGUAAUAAGCAAUGGAGCCCUGAUGAACCCAACUAUUAUCUACAAUCCUGGUCCUCCUGAAAAUGCAUCAAUCCUCUAUCAAAGAAGCAUGGCUCAUCAAUCUUCAGUGUGGAGUUCUAACCACACUGGGAGCAUAUACGCUCCAGGAAACUCUUUAUAUGUGACCCAAAACCCCACUCUGUAUACAACAACUUACACCAGCAAUACACCUUCAUCGUUCCAGUCAAGCUUUCAUCCUGUUGCACAAAGUCCUGUUUUCAUAGCCUAUAAGAAAUCCAUGGUUCACCCAGAGUCUCGUAGCCUCAGCCACAAUGGAGUGUACAUUUGAUGUAAAGUUUAUGUGUAAACUUAUGUAAGCUUAUAUGUAAAAGUUCACAAAAAAGAAAUUGUCCUGAACUGUACACCACUUAAGAUCAACAUAAUUCUGAUAUGGGUUUAUUUCUUCAAUGUAUUAAACCUGCUCUUGGGAACUUAAGUUUAUUGUAUUGUGCUUUUUUACUUUUUCACAUUUUUUGAUUGUUUUGGUUUAUUGUAUAUAGUAAAUUUGUAGUAAGAAUAAAAUGAA